AGGCGGAGGAGGAGCGGCCGGAGCGGGGAGUCCCGGGCGGGCGGGCGGCGCCGGGAGCGGCCGGGAUUUACCGUGGUGGCGGUGGGCGCUGAGCGGCGGGGGAGCCGGGCGUCCCCGGGGCCGCCGCCUCUCGGGCUGAGCCCCCCCGCCCGGACCAUGGCCGACGACGACGUGCUGUUCGAGGACGUGUACGAGCUCUGCGAGGUGAUCGGCAAGGGUCCGUUCAGCGUCGUGCGGCGAUGCAUCAACAGGGAGACGGGGCAGCAGUUCGCUGUGAAGAUCGUCGAUGUAGCAAAAUUCACUUCAAGUCCUGGAUUAAGCACAGAAGAUCUGAAGAGAGAAGCCAGUAUUUGUCACAUGCUGAAGCAUCCUCACAUUGUUGAACUGUUGGAGACAUACAGCUCAGAUGGAAUGCUUUAUAUGGUCUUUGAGUUUAUGGAUGGAGCAGACCUGUGUUUUGAAAUCGUGAAGAGAGCAGAUGCUGGAUUUGUCUACAGUGAGGCUGUAGCCAGUCAUUACAUGAGACAGAUACUAGAAGCUCUACGUUACUGUCAUGAUAAUAAUAUAAUUCACAGAGAUGUGAAGCCACACUGUGUACUGCUUGCCUCAAAAGAGAAUUCAGCCCCAGUAAAGCUUGGUGGCUUUGGGGUAGCAAUUCAGUUAGGAGAGUCUGGGCUAGUUGCUGGAGGACGUGUAGGAACACCUCACUUCAUGGCUCCAGAAGUGGUAAAAAGAGAACCAUAUGGGAAGCCUGUAGAUGUUUGGGGUUGUGGUGUGAUCCUGUUUAUCCUGCUAAGCGGUUGUUUGCCUUUUUAUGGAACCAAGGAAAGAUUAUUUGAAGGCAUUAUUAAAGGCAAAUACAAGAUGAAUCCUAGGCAAUGGAGCCAUAUUUCUGAAAGUGCCAAAGAUCUGGUGCGCCGCAUGCUUAUGCUGGAUCCAGCAGAGAGGAUAACAGUGUAUGAAGCACUGAAUCACCCCUGGUUAAAGGAGAGAGAUCGCUAUGCAUACAAGAUUCAUCUUCCAGAAACAGUAGAACAGUUGAGAAAAUUCAAUGCAAGACGAAAACUAAAGGGGGCAGUACUAGCAGCUGUGUCAAGCCACAAAUUCAACUCCUUCUAUGGUGACCCCCCUGAAGAGCUGCCAGACUUCUCUGAAGACCCCACCUCAUCAGGACUUCUAGCAGCAGAAAGAGCAGUUUCACAGGUGCUGGACAGCCUGGAAGAAAUUCAUGCACUUACAGACUGCAGUGAAAAAGACUUAGAUUUUCUUCACAGUGUUUUCCAGGAUCAGCAUCUUCACACGUUAUUAGAUCUUUAUGACAAAAUAAACACAAAAUCUUCACCACAAAUCAGGAAUCCUCCAAGUGAUGCUGUACAGAGAGCCAAAGAGGUAUUGGAAGAAAUUUCAUGUUACCCAGAGAACAAUGAUGCAAAGGAGCUAAAGCGUAUUUUAACACAACCUCAUUUCAUGGCCUUACUUCAGACUCACGAUGUAGUGGCACAUGAAGUUUACAGUGACGAAGCGCUGAGGGUCACCCCUCCUCCCACCUCUCCCUACCUGAACGGGGACUCCCCGGAGAGCGCCAACGGCGACAUGGACAUGGAGAACGUCACGCGCGUCCGCCUGGUGCAGUUCCAGAAGAACACAGAUGAGCCCAUGGGAAUCACUUUAAAAAUGAAUGAGCUGAAUCACUGCAUUGUGGCAAGAAUUAUGCACGGAGGAAUGAUCCAUCGGCAAGGUACGCUACAUGUAGGAGAUGAAAUCAGAGAAAUAAAUGGAAUCAGUGUGGCAAAUCAAACUGUAGAACAACUACAAAAAAUGCUUAGGGAAAUGCGUGGAAGUAUUACCUUCAAGAUUGUGCCAAGUUAUCGCACGCAGUCUUCAUCCUGUGAGAGAGAUUCCCCCUCUACAUCCAGACAGUCCCCUGCUAAUGGUCAUAGCAGCACUAACAAUUCUGUUUCGGACUUGCCAUCGACAACACAACCAAAAGGACGACAGAUCUAUGUAAGAGCACAAUUUGAAUAUGAUCCAGCAAAGGAUGACCUCAUUCCUUGCAAAGAAGCUGGCAUCAGAUUCCGAGUUGGUGAUAUUAUCCAAAUCAUUAGCAAAGAUGAUCAUAACUGGUGGCAGGGUAAACUUGAGAACUCCAAAAAUGGUACUGCAGGUCUUAUUCCUUCUCCUGAGCUUCAGGAAUGGCGAGUUGCUUGUAUUGCCAUGGAGAAGACCAAACAGGAGCAACAGGCCAGCUGUACUUGGUUUGGAAAGAAAAAAAAGCAGUACAAAGACAAAUAUUUGGCAAAGCACAAUGCAGUGUUUGAUCAAUUAGAUCUCGUCACAUAUGAAGAAGUAGUAAAGCUGCCAGCAUUCAAAAGGAAAACACUAGUCCUACUAGGUGCCCACGGGGUCGGAAGAAGGCACAUAAAAAACACGCUCAUCACAAAACAUCCGGACAGAUUUGCUUACCCCAUUCCUCACACAACCAGACCUCCAAAGAAAGAUGAAGAAAAUGGCAAAAAUUACUACUUUGUAUCACAUGACCAAAUGAUGCAGGAUAUAUCAAACAAUGAAUAUUUGGAAUAUGGCAGCCAUGAGGAUGCAAUGUAUGGGACAAAACUGGAAACAAUACGAAAGAUCCAUGAGCAGGGACUAAUUGCAAUACUUGAUGUAGAACCUCAGGCAUUGAAGGUCCUGAGAACUGCAGAGUUUGCUCCUUUUGUUGUUUUUAUUGCUGCACCUACGAUUACCCCAGGCAUUAAUGAGGAUGAAUCCCUUCAGCGCCUGCAGAAGGAGUCUGAAAUCCUACAGAGAACAUAUGCACACUACUUUGACCUAACAAUUAUCAACAAUGAGAUUGAUGAAACCAUCAGGCACCUGGAGGAAGCCAUCGAGCUCGUGUGUACAGCCUCCCAGUGGGUCCCGGUCUCCUGGGUCUACUAGACCGGGAAUGAGAGAAUUGAGGAGAAAGAAAUAAUAAUAAUCUGUCAUUACUGGGAACCACCUCAUACAUGGAAAACCUCUUCGUUAUUGACCUUGUGUCAACAGGUCUUGGCCCCUAGAGACUACCUAGAUGUAGUGUGACCUAAAAUAUAAUUAUUGUCAUGUCCGAAUAGAUAGGAGGAGGGGGAAGAAAAGAUGAAACACUAAUUUAAAGAGACAGUAUCUUUUUUUUUAAUCAUUUCUCCUAAACUUUUAAUAAAAUGUAUCUUUAAAUAUAUGUACUAUUCAGUCUUUUGGAAUGUUAUAUUUUUGGAAAUCAUAGCUUUUUAUUUCAAGGGCCCCUAAAAACUGCACAAAAUAGAUGCUGCUUUCUAUAAUCUAUUUUAAUAGUAAUAAUAAUAUGAUUCUGUUACCUUAACUUGGGGGUGGAACACUACAUUCUUUUUAGAGUCUGAUUUUAUGGAUUGGAAUACUUUGCUUUCCUUUAUUUAUUUGAAGUAAUUAGUCUAGUGGUUACAAAACAAAUUCAUAAAUUUUAAAGGCCUUUUUUUUUCAUGCUUUUGUUUUUUCUCUCCUAGGAUAGUAUUUUUUAGUACUUUUGUGUAACAUCCAGAUAAUGUGAUACUGUCUCUUUGAAGAACUCUGUAAAAGUUUUAGAAAUUUGAAAUUGGGUCUUGACUCUUAAUGCAUGUGGACAGUCGCAAGCGUUCAUGCCGUUGGUGUAUCUGUGUUGAUAAAACCUGUAAUCUACAGCAAAGUACAUUCCGUUCAUGGGAACACGUACCCAAGGGAAUAAAGCAAAAUAUUAUUCUGACUAAGUUGUAAACCUAUGCACAUCCCUUGCAUUUUGGGCAACUUUCUAAAAAAAAAGAAAAAAAAAAGAAAAACUGAUUUUUAUUAAUAAUAAUCAUGUAGUGAAAUGUGUUUGUAAUUUUGUCUCAAUUUAAUUUGUUGUAAGGUGGGAGGGGGCAAUUACUGGUUUCACCAUUUCAGAUCUGUGUUGUCUGAGAGUAUUAACGUUUUAAUUAAGUUGAAGCAAAGAAAUGCUGAUUUUUAAUAUGUAUGUAAUUGUUUAAAGAUGCACACAUUUUAAAAGAAAAUACUGUGCAAUGAAGAAACCAGUUUAGACAUUGCGAUAAACUGACUAUUCCAAAAGACUCAUCUACAACAGCCCUGUAAAUUCCUUUAAAAUGGUAAUUGACUCUACAGUCUGACCAAGUUUUUUUUUAUUUUAAAUAUACUUCCUUUUAUGUGUUCAACAAUUAAA